AUGAUUAGGGCUUUUGUAACGAGGAUACAAAAGGGUUUCUCACUCUUUGUACAGAGAAGGCCAGCUCUCAGCUACUUGAGUGAAGAUCAUAGCACAACAAAGGUGCCAGAUGAUGUUAUGGAAGGCUAUUUUGCUGUUCUUGCUGUGAAGGGUGAGGAAACCAAAAGGUUUGUUGUUGGGUUAGAUUACUUGAGUGAUCCUGAAUUCUUGGGCCUGCUGGAUCAAGCCCGGGAAGAGUUCGGCUUCAGACAGAAGGGAACUCUUGCUAUCCCUUGUCGGCCUCAAGAAUUACAGAAGAUUCUAAAUGGUACCAAAGCAUAG